AUGGCGAACCACGCGGCGGCGUUGAAGGUCGGACUAGCUUUGCUGGGGCUUAGCAUGGUGGGUUACAUACUUGUUCCGCCUCUUUACUGGCAUUUCACUGAGGCUUUAGCCGUCGUGAGCGAUUCCUCCGCCGUUUCAGCCUCUUCGUGUCCUCUAUGUGUCUGCGAUUGCUCUUCUCAGCCUCUUCUCACGAUUCCUAAAGGACCCAGCAAUGCUUCUUCUGCCGAUUGUGCAAAGCACGAUCCAGACGUGAACGAAGACACAGAGAAGAAUUAUGCCGAACUUUUAACCGAGGAACUGAAGCUGCGUGAAGCAGAGUCUUUAGAGAAACACAAACGAGCAGACAUGGGGCUAUUAGAGGCCAAGAAAGUAACUUCAUCGUACCAGAAGGAAGCAGACAAAUGCAACUCGGGUAUGGAAACAUGCGAAGAAGCUCGAGAAAAAGCGGAAUUAGCACUCGCCGAGCAGAGAAAGCUAACAUCUAAAUGGGAAGAGAGAGCUCGUCAAAAAGGAUGGAGAGAAGGAGCCACCAAAUCAAAUGUUAAAACUUAA